CUCGACCGACCCAUCUCACUCUUCUUUCUCUACUCACUACUCACCCACCUCCUCCACAACCACUAUGUCCCUCCGCGCCCUCGCCCGCCCCGUCGCCGCUGCGCUCCGCGCGCCCCGCUUCACUGCCGCGCCCCGCGUUGCUGGCGUGCGUUUCGGCUCGACCACCCGCUUCUCCAAGGACCACGAGUGGGUGACGUACGACGACGCGACCAAGAUCGGCGUCGUCGGCAUCACCGACUACGCGCAGAAGGCGCUCGGCGAUGUCGUGUUUGUCGAGCUGCCCCAGGAGGGCACCGAGGUUGAGGAGGGCGAGUCCAUCGGCGCCGUCGAGUCGGUCAAGGCCGCCUCCGACAUCUACGCGCCCGUCUCUGGCGUCGUCGAGGCGAUCAACGAGGCGCUCGGCGACCAGCCGUCGCUGCUCAACAAGAGCCCCGAGCAGGACGGCUGGCUCGCCAAGAUCAAGGUGUCGGACGAGGGCCAGUUCCUCGCCCUUCUCGACGCGGAGGCGUACAAGGCCCACUGCGAGGGUGCUUAAGCGCAGCAGUACGGCAGAGUUGUUGUGUAGACGGACAGCAGGCGAAGCUCGACCCUGCAUGCCCAGACCAGAUCAGAAAACAAUGUAACAGGCUCAACCCGGGUGGUCGUGCGACAGAGGCGAGGCUGCA